AAUUUAAAGCUUUUUUAAAAAUUGUGUUGGCAGAAUUUUUUCAGUCUUUCUUCGACUUACCUCUCUAGUACUAACAAUAUCUUUCUUCAAGAUACUUUUAGUAAUAACAAAUACAGUCAGACCUCGAUAUAAGGUCAACCGCAUAUAUAAGGUCACUUUUCCAAAAUUCCGGUUGACUGAAUAGGAAUUAUUUGUUACAGAUUAUCGGAUAUAUGGUCAAGUUUUAAAAAUCGUUAUUGCUUAUAAGGUCAUUUUUAUCUGAGGCGUAACAUGGUGUCCACCACAUACAUAGAAAAUUGUUUUCGUCAUGCACGUUUUGUGAGUUCUCUGAAUAUCAUGGAUGACAAAACCGAAGAAAAAGACAAUAUUCCUCUAUCUGUUCUGAUGGAAGAUUUGGAAAAUCGUGGCCAUGCCAUUGAAGAGGAGGCUGUAUAUGGUUUGACUGAUGAGUUUUUGACUAGGAGACAGACCUUAGAAUUGCCCGGUUCAACCGUCAGCCUCACUACCUUGGAGGAUGUUGACGAUAAUAGUACUGCCAUCACUGAGGGACCAGCGGUCAGUGAAUUGCAUAAUGAAGAAACCAGACAAAUCUACUCUACUUACUUUAAUGAAGCCGCAAACUACGAUCCUGAUCUCCCCAUCACGAGUUACUUGGAACAGGUAAAAAACAUUUUACUCUCUUUUUUUUCUGGUUUCAAAUUUCCCUAAAAAUUUGAGUGCAAUAUACUUUCAGGGUUGCCACUCCUCAAGGAGAACAGAGAAAAAACCUGGAAAAUACAGGGAAUUUUUAAUAUGUACAGGGAAAAGAGAGGGAAUUUUUUUGCUUCUCCUGAUUCGAGUGGCAACCUUUCAUGUUAAGAGAUAAUCAGCUUGAAAAUUUCAUAUUAAACAUGUAAAAUACAACAAUAAUUCAUAGUUGACUCACUGGACCAAACAUGUGUUUCAUGUAAAUCAAUAUUUCACGUUAUGCAGUUUCGUGUUAAUGUGGUUCAACUGUAUCAUAAAUCUAUUCUAAUUAUAUUUUUUAUCUGAUCUCUUUUUAGCAUAUCACCAAUCUUAUUCACAUGAUAAUGAAAUGACAUAUUUGUGAGUCUUAAUUUUUAG